AUGCCUCACGCCCUGCCGCGGGAGCCUCCCUUCAACCCGUAUGCCACGGCACCUCGCAGCUCCUCAAAGCUCGACUCCACGAUGCACCUUCCCUACCCGAGCAUCUCCAAUAACUAUGAGCACGACCCGCUACGAACAGCCCCAAGAGCUCCCCUCACACCCCCGGACCUCCCGGGCUCAGCAGUGAGGGUAGUUUCACUUCCACCAAACCAGGGUGCCGGGCAUCAGUACGGCUACCAGCUGCCUGCUAUUGGCAACUCCAGAUCAGUGGCUGCUGCAAGAAGUCCUAGUCCACCAAGACAAGCACCGCAAGCACAAGAGAUGGCCCAGACACCGAGAAAGAAGUACACCAUAUCGCCAAACCUGAAGAUACCACCAACCAUCAGCACGCCGCAAGAGGGUCUCCCUCAACUGGCAGCAGAGGUGACAUGUCUCUUCUGGUUCGAGAGCUCAACAACUCUCAAGCAAGUACUCGAGACCGCCUCGCCACGCCAGCCUAUGCAGCCUCUCGUUCCUGACGCACAUCCCACAACUGGAUUCAGAAAGUGGGUAGCAACUAUCUUGACCACUACGCAGGUUGCUCAAAAUGUCAUUCUUCUGGCAUUACUUUUCAUAUACAGGCUGAAGCUGACCAACCCCACGGUCAAGGGGAAGCCCGGUAGCGAGUAUCGUUUACUGACUGUAGCUCUUAUGCUGGGCAACAAAUUUCUCGAUGACAACACAUACACCAACAAGACAUGGGCCGAGGUCUCGGGUAUCUCGGUGCAGGAGGUGCACAUCAUGGAGGUCGAAUUUCUUAGCAACAUGCGAUACAGCUUGUUCACGUCCAAGGAGAAGUGGAAUGAGUGGCACGGCAUCCUGGGCAAGUUUGGCACAUUCUUUGAUCGAGCAUCUAAGAUUCCAGCAUCGGGUGCUGUAAGCCCAGUUGGCCCCCAGAACAUGCUCGGCCUACCACAAACCUACGCUCCGUCACCGCCCAUUCAACAGCAAACGUCACCACCAACUUCGAUGAUGUACUCGCCAAACCACAUGGCAUUCUCGAAUACCCCGCUUUUACAACCACAGGCCACGUCCGCCACCGUCUCUCCGAUUGGUGCUCUGCCAGAAUUAGGCCCCAUCCAACGUAAACGCAGUGCCGAUUACAGCAUUGAGCCUCCAACGAAGCGACAGGCCCAUGGAUUUGCACCUGGUCCUUACAGUAAUGCACCUUUAAUCCCGACGUUGCAGACGCCUAUCAAUAGGUCAUUCGAGCCACCACCAUCCGUAAACCGACUACCUCCUUUACCAAGUCUUUCGAUACCUCCACCCCAGCAGAUGCCACCUACCCAGUUGAAGAACUGGUCAGAUCUUCCUUUGCCGGUCCCUGGUGGACGAUCCAUGGCCAUGGUUUACCCUCCACCCGUCCAAUGGCAGCAACCGACUAGCACACCAACUUCAUCGGGCCCACCCUCCUACCCUCACAACUACACGCCUUCUACCGACCAGUCCCGACAGAUCAGUCCGUAUCCCCAGUCAGCUGGUUCUUCACCUGUUGGAAACUAUCCCGCAACCGGUUCGAGACAAUUAUCUCCGUCGCAUUUCCUUAAUCAACGCCAGUCUCCUUACCGACCGGUCCGCAGCGUGCAGACUCUACUUGUACCCCCACCUUCGACGUCGAUCCACAACCCAGCGAGGAACAUCGGAUACGAUCAGAUGCAAUACCAGCCUUUGGGUCGACCAAUGACCGAUCGUCGCUCCGGGCUUCUGCCCCGCUUGCAGGAGCCGCGGUAUCGCGUUCGCGGUUCACUCGACUUUGCACACUUUCUUUGUACGCCAACUAUCCUGAAAGUCGCCACGAUGCCACCACCAAAAUCUAAGAAACUCACGGCGCAGCCCGUACGAACGCGCCAAUUCGCUGGCAAGCCAACAGCAGCACUUGAACCCGAAGAACGGUCGAGCUCGGAAUCAGAAUCGGAAGAGGAGCAGCCAAAGCCAAAACCUUUUGCAAAGCCAAAGCCUGCGCCAAUCGCAUCAUCGUUCCCUAAGUCAGCGCUCAAACCCAAACUCGCAUCGCGACAAAAAUCUGAAGCGGAGCGCAAGGCGAUAGAAGAUGAGUUCGAGACAGAAAGCGAGGAAGAAGAGGAAGAGGAUGGCAGCGGUAGCGAGAGUGGUAGCGGCAGUGAGGAUGAAUCAUCUGAGGAAGAGUCAAGUAGCGAGGACGAAGCACCGAAGAAACUGCUGCGACCAGUGUUUCUCAAGAAGAACGAACGGCACAAAGUGGCGCCCGUCAAAUCAGCAGAGGACAUAGCAGCAGAAGAGGAGGCGCGGCGACAGGAGCAGAAUAGAGCGCUGGUACAAGAGCAGAUUGAGCAGCGCAUAGCAGAGAAGGCAGCGGGCAAGCGAGACUGGGACGACGACGUCGAAGAGGCCGACAUCAACGCCAUUGACGACACUGACGGUGUUGAUCCCGAUGCCGAGUAUGCCGCCUGGAAACUUCGCGAACUCAAGCGCAUCAAACGCGAACGCCUCGCGAUUGAAGAAGCCGAAGCUGAGCGUGCAGAGAUCGAGCGCCGUCGCAACCUCUCCGCCGCCGAACGCGAAGCCGAAGACCGCGCUCAUAUCGAGAAACAACAAGAAGAAAAGGGCGAUCGCGGGCAGAUGCAGUACAUGCAAAAGUACUUCCACAAGGGUGCUUUCUUUACAGAUGAGCUAAAGGAACUGGGAGUAGAUCGACGGAAUCUGAUGAAUGCGCGCUUCGAGGAUGAGACAAAUCGAGAGAUCCUGCCUGAGUACAUGCAAAUCAGGGACAUGACAAAAUUGGGCAAAAAGGGUCGGACAAGGUACAGGGACAUGAAGACUGAGGAUACAGGCAAAUGGGGUGACUUUGGUGAUGACCGGCCGCGAAGAGACAAGGGCGACUUCGGCGUGGAUGAGAGAUUCAGGCCUGAUGCUCAUGGCGGGAGAGACCGGGAUAGGGAGGGGCCUUCAGGUGCAAACGCAAAACCGCUCGGUGAGAGGAAGAGAUUUGGAGAUGACCACGAUCGGGACAGCAAGCGACCGAAGAUGGAAGAACGGGCUUGA